AUGCCAUCACUGGACUGCCCUGGAUCCCAUGGUUUGCAACGGACGACAGUCCCUGAGCCAGGCCGUGUUUGCGAUGUCUGCGACAUUGUUCUGAAGCCGGGAUGCGAGGCUUUUGCAUGCCAGACCUGUGACUUCGAUGUGUGCUCUGCGUGCAAAGAGAACGGCCUUACGAAAGCUGAUGUUCAAUUGGAGAAGAUGAAGAAAAGGAUUGAUGGCUACACCACCCGACCACGAAGCUAUGCUGACGAGGGCAAGCAGGCGGCAGCCCGGGCCCUGUUACCGGCAGCAUUCUUAGACGGAGCACGCGCGCGUGGGGGGCCAGUGUUGCUUCUGGAACUGCUGAAAUGGUUCAAGUCUGACUUUUUCGAGUGGGUUGACAGCCCUUCUUGCGAACAUUGCUCCACAAAUGCUUCGCUGAAGCACGAAGGCAUGACUGACCCUUGCGAGGAGGAGCUUCGCUACGGCGCGACUCGUGUCGAAGCUUGGCGCUGUGAUGGCUGCCAGACGUUAGUGAGAUUUCCGCGGUACGAUGACCCUGAACGGCUCCUUGAGACUCGCCGAGGCAGGUGCGGUGAGUGGGCGAACUGCUUCACGUUGAUAGUGACCGCUUUGGGGUACCAGGCCAGGCUAGUCGUAGACUGGACCGAUCAUGUUUGGACGGAAGUUUGGUACAAUGAUAUGUGGCACCACUGUGACCCCUGUGAAGCUUGUCUUGAUGCACCACUGACAUACGAAGUCGGAUGGGGAAAGAAGCUGACCUACAUAGUCGCCUUCGGGCAGCAGGAGGUCGUUGAUGUAACCGCGAGAUACACCCGUGACUGGGCAUCGGUCCUUACGCGGCGCACCGCGCUGUCGGAAGAGCAACUGGCCAAGAUCAUCGAAGACGCGGACUCUCGCUUAAGGGGGCCUCUGCCGGCUCCUGCUUGGAGGCAGCAGGAAGAGUCUCAGCUCCAGAAGUGCAAGACGCAGCUGGAGGGCGUUUGCAGUCUUUCGGCAGCCGAACUUUGUGGGCGCAAGUCCGGCUCUGCGGAAUGGCGCCAGGAGCGGGGAGAGCUGGGUGCGAGCCUUCCGAUCCUCGAAAGCCAGGCCUCCACUCUGAUCGACCCGGGAUGCGCGGAGGUCGAGGCCAUUGGAUGGUUCUGGGUCCUGGUCCCAGGGUUCAGGGGCUUGUUUGGGUGUUGA